AUGGCAAGCAACUCUGGAACAUCCGGCUCACCCGCGAGCGGCCCCAGCCACCUACCGUCUCCAGAGGCCUUCUCAGACACACCCUCCUCCAACGCCUCGCCUGUCUCCGCGCCUCCCUCGCUCUACAUGGGCCGCGCAUCAGACGAACCAGACUCGCCGGAGGAACAGCGCAGCAUCAGCGACGCCGCGCGCUCUGCCGCCUCCGCCUCUGGCCUCCGCUCACAUUCCGCCGCCGGCAAGGGCGGGUGCUGGACGUGCCGUUUACGCAGAAAGAAAUGCGACGAAGAGCAAGAACAAGACGGCGGGCCCUGCAAGACCUGCCGCCGCCUGGGCAUCGAGUGCUUGGGCUGGGGCGCACGCCGCCCGGACUGGAUGCGCGACAAGGAGCGCGUCGCCGCCUACAAAGCGAGCAUCAAAGAGCAGCUCACCCGCGCAGGCCUCAUCCGCGGCCAGCCACGGGCCAACUUCAUGCAAGCCGCCUCGUCCUCGCCCACCAUCGCCGGCGCCGGGCCCUCGUCCCUCCACCGUCACUCGCCGCUUGGGGAGGCGCGCUUCCAGCGGCCGUACCCGUCAUCCCGCAGCCGUCACCCACCCAUGGCGUCCAUGUCAGGGUCUGCCAGCGCUCGGACGAGCCCCACCCACCUACAAUAUGACAACACCUCGCCUGGGGCCGCUGCCGUGUUCCCCAUGAACGACCAAUACCAACAGUGGACCCCUUCAUACCCGCACGCGAUGUCCCCUACGAUACCCGUUCCCAGUAAUGAGGAAUACACGUCCUACUUCCCCUCUCCCGCAGACGCGUCCGCGUCCCUGUCUGCGUCCAUGUCCGUGUCGAUCAGCGCGCAGCCCGCGCCGCUGCCGCCCGCAGCGAACGAGAUCUCGGACGAGAGCUACGUCAUGUACUACUUCGAGAGCGUCCGGAAAGAGCAGUUCGUGUUCGCCGGCAAUUCUCUCACGAACACCCUCUACUCGAUCGUCCAUGCAGAUCCAAAAGGCCCGGUCGCCAACGCUAUUUGUGCAUUAUCUAGUCUACAUUACAUCCGCGCACGCAUAGCGAAAGGUCUCGAGCCAGACACGAACCCCGACGACUCGGUCACGAAAAACUACUACGAGAGCGCCCGCUGGCAACUCGGCAACGCGAGACACCUCCAGUACUCCGACACAGACGCGAUCGCCGCGAUUCUGCUCGUGAAGUACUCCCUUCUCACAGGUGGCCGUCGAAACUGGCAAGGCGAGCUCGAAGUCGCCUGCGACUGGCUGGCUGCAACACGGAUCCACGAGGAGCAGAAUCCCAAGCUUACCUUGAUGAACAUGACGCCUGUUGGUAAGGCCGCUGCGAAAGGCACCAUGUGGAUCGACGUGCAUGCCAGCGUCACCCUCGGGACACCCCCGCGCUUCCUCGCGCUCUACCAACGGCUCUUCGGGACCGGAGGGAGUGGCUUCUGGGCGAACUCGCCGCAAACCGAUGUCCGCAUGGAUCUACUCACCGGGUGCCCGGACGAGGUCGUGCUCGCGAUCGGCGAGAUCUCUGCGCUCUCGAGCUGGAAGAACGCGGAGCUGCGGCGGGGUGGGCUGAGCGUGCGCGAGCUGAUCCGCAAGGGCUCGCAGAUCGAGACGGGUCUGCGCCAACGCCCGACGCCGCGCCAGCCGGGGGAGGGAAACCUAACGCCACUCGAUGCGGGCCUCGCACAAGCGACAUUGGACCUCCACCUCCCGGUGCCGGGAGGCAUGCCCACUCCGUCGUCGUCAACAUCUUCUGUGAGCAUGCAUAGUCAUACCACUGGCAUGCUCAAGGCGGACGCGCUGCCGCUCGUCAGCGAGCUCUGGAGAGAGGGUGCGAUCCUGUACCUGAACACUGUGCUCAGCGAGAACCUUCCCAAUGUACCUGAGAUUAGUGAGGCCGUGGCCAACAUCGUUAACCUGCUGCAUCAGCUGCCCACGUCCUCGUUCGACCGCUCCCUCAUCUUCCCGCUCUUCUUCGCUGGUUGCAUGUCCGAUGACCAGGGGGCGCGCACGAUGGUGAAGCGCCGUCUGCUCUCGAUCGAAGAUACCUUCGGCAACAUCUACGACCUGGUCGCGCAGAUGGAGAACCUCUGGGCGACCCGCAUUAUGCUGAUGGCAGAACAUGGCCCCGCCGCCAUCGUCCCCUGGCGCGAAUGUCUCAUUCGCGGCUGGGAAAACCGUACCGUCCUCCUCCUAUAA